AUGGAAGAUUAUAGGGAUAAGAUCAGUCGUUUGCCAGAUGAUUUCCUCUUACCGAUAUUGUCAUGUCUUCCUACAAAAGAUGUCAUGGUGACGAGUCUUUUGUCGAAACGAUGGCGGUUUCUUUGGACAUUAGUCCCUAGGCUCAACUUUGAUCUCAGGCUACACGAUAAUAGUAGUCCAAAGUUUACAAAUUUUGUCAACAGGUUUUUGCUACUACACAAGGCUCCAACUUCGGAGAGUUUGCAUAUCAAGAUUGGUUCGAGAUGUUGUACCGCAGAGGUGGAUUUAGGGAUAUGGGUUAGAAUUGCGGUAGAUCGCUGCGUUCGUGAGCUGAAUAUCAGUUAUUGUACCGGUGAAGAACCUAUAAGAUUGCCUAUGUGCUUGUUUACUUGUAGAACGCUUUCGGUCCUGAAACUCAAAAACAUAAGCCUUGUUGAUGCCUCUUCUUAUGUUUGCUUCCAAUCUCUCAAGACUUUGCACCUUCUAGAUGUGAAGUACUUAGAUGACCGAUCACUUCCUCAGAUUUUAUCAUGCUGCUCUGCUCUCGAGGAUUUGGUUGUGCAGAGAUGCCCUGGUGACAAUGUUAAAGUCGUCACUGUUAAUGCGUUGUGCUUAAAGACUCUCUCUUUACAUAAAUCGUCGCAGGCUUUUGAAGGAGACGACGAUGGGUUCUUGAUAGUUGCCCCUAAAUUGAAGCGUCUAGACAUCGAAGACUAUUGGGGUGGCUUUUGUUACAUUGACAACAUGCCUGAGGUGGUAGAUGCAAAUGUCGAUGUUAUUUAUAAAAACACCGAGAAACUUCUGGGAUCUCUCACUUCGAUCAAACGUCUUGCGUUAUGUCUAGUCACUUCAGAUGCUGCUUAUCCUACUGGUACUAUCUUCUCCCAGCUUGUUCAUCUAGAACUAUGCACAUGUGCGCCACGGUGGUGGGAUUUACUUACCCGACUGAUUGAAGAUUCACCUAAACUACGAGUUCUUAAACUCCGCCAGAAACAUAUUCGACGUGCCCCUAGUCCCCGGGCUAGUUGGAAGCAACCUAUUACUCUUCCCAAGGGUUUGUUAUCUCAUCUUGAGACCUUCAAGUGGGAACUAUAUGAAGGAUCACAAAAGCAGAAAGAAGUGGCGACAUUCAUAUUAAAACACGCUAUUCGGUUGAAGACAGUGAUUAUCUCUCCCAAGUCCACCAGUACUCUGCUAGAGAAACAUGAGAUGCUCAAGGAGUUGUCAUCCGCGCCACGUGGUUCCAGUACAUGCGAGCUCUUGUUCGACUGA